AUGGUAGCCCUUAUGGUGUUUUUGGCUGCUCUCAUUCUUUACCGCCGCUUCCCUGCUCUCAUUGGUGGCGACAGGCGCAUUCUGACCGACGACAGACACGAAUACAAGCACGACGACAAGCACGACGACAAGCACGACGAUCACGACGACCACGACGACCACAAGGACGAUCAUCACGACGACAAAGACGACAAACACGAUGACGAUGAUGACGACGACAAGCCGACGUGCAUGGAAAAGUACAAGAAGCGCUACGCCCAGUGCGACAAGAACGAGCAGAAAUGCGAGGACAAGGCUGAGUGCGACGACGACAUGGUGGCGUGCGAGAAGAAGUCCAAGACGUGCGAGGUGAAGUCCAAGGCGUGCGAGGUGAAGGCCUACCGGAGCUUCAAGGCGUGCAAGUACGGCAAGUGGGACUGCACGGACUGGUGCGAGUACUACAGGCGCCAGUGCUACUCCAAGAAAAGGGGCCACUGUGAGGAUAAGUAUGACGACUGCAAGGACGACUGCUAG